AUGGUUAUAGAUCUAUUAAUAGUUACUCAAAAGUCUUUUCUAUUAUCAGAUUAUAAAAUAAUUAGAGAAGAUGCAAUUGAAAAAAAUAAAUCGAAUAAAAAAGCUGCUACUUUAAUAGCUUAUUUAGAG